AAAAAUAAAUACAUAAUAAUAAUGGCAGCAAAGCUCUGUGUUUGUUUUUCGUUGUGAGACGAGAUGAAAAGAAAUAUUAAAAUAGCUUAGUAUAAAGGUGAAAAGGAUUACACCUAUCAUAAAACCAAAUAUGGCUUGUGCAGAGAACAUUGAUGGUGAUACACGUCUACGACAUUCAUCAGCACAACUUUCAGAUUUUGGUUAUCAACAAAGGCCUUCAACAAGUCAAACAAUUCCUUGGGAUGGAUUCAGUUCUUGGAUAUCAUGUUUUUGUGUGGUAACAUUCGAUUUAGAGCUAGGUCAGGUGAUUGAAAAAAUAUAUCCUGAACACUGUAAUUUAAGUGACACUGAAAAAGCUAACAUAUGUUACUUAGCAUUUCCAGAUUCUAAUACGGGAUGCAUGGGUGAUACACAAUUUCAUUUUCGAAUCCGAUCUUUUUCACAUUCUAUAGAAAAAUCCUCAAAAGUUUUAGAUACAGCCUUGCAAAAGGAUAAGUCGCAUUAUUAUGGGUUUGUGUCUUUUCGACAAGUUAAAGAUUCAUCAAUAAAGAGAGGGUAUUUUCAGAAGUCUGUUGUUUUAUUAACCCAGCUGCCGUACAUAUCGCUUUUUCGCUACCUAGUAAAGAACAUUGCCCCUGAAUAUUUUCUAAAUGGUGAAGUAGCAUUAGAAACAGUUUGUUAUCAAAUUGACAAAUGGCCAAGUCCUUAUCCAGGACAAACAUUACAGUUACCAGUUAUUGGAGAAGUAUUACAAAUAGCAAUACCACAAAACCAAUUAAAGGGAGUGUCCACAAAGAUGAACAAGGCUGCAGUCAAACGUUUAACAUCCUCACCUUUAGAAUUUUCAUGCAUUUACCAACCCCAGAUAUAUGAAUGUUUUAGUUCUAUGCUGCCACAUUUGCAUGUUCUCUGGGAACUUGUUUUGUUGGCUGAACCGAUUAUUGUCAUGGCCCCAUCACCAUCAACAUGUUCUGAAGGUGUCCUUUCAUUGGUAAGCUUAGUACAGCCUCUUGCAUUUGUGUGCGACCAUAGGCCAUACUUCACAAUACAUGAUAGUGAACUUAAGGAAUAUACAACAAAAACACAAGCUCCCCCAAAGGUUAUACUGGGUGUUACUAAUCCUUUUUUUGCAAAAACAUUUCAACAGUGGCCACAUAUUGUUCGCAUUGGUGACAUGCCAUCAUUAACUAUUAUGAAGAAUGGGAAAAGAUCACAAGAUUUGAAACCUGGAAUUUACACCAAAUAUAAAGCAUGUCUUGACAGAGAUAAAGCAUUUUUAAAAAAGUUUGGCAAAAGUGUAAAUGGAACGCGGCCAUUUGAAGUUCAGAAUGCUAUGUUGAUCAAUUACAUGACAGAACUAACCCAAAGUUUUAUGAUACCACUAGAACGAUACAUCGGGAGUCUAAUGCCACUACAAAGAAGUAUUUCACCAUGGAAAAGUCCACCAAAGUUGCAUCGAUUUAACACAGAGGAGUUUAUGCAGACUUUAUCGACUUAUGGGCCACAACUAACAUCUAAAAUGAGAGGCAAUUGGCAAUUAUUAUAUCGUAAGUUUUUUAAAUCGCCCAAUUUUGAAGCUUGGUUUUACAAGAAAACAGAAGAGGUGAACUACAAACUUGAUGUGUUACACAUAGAAGCUUUGUGUCAGGCGGAUAUAGAGAAAUGGCUAAUUGGAAAAGAUGAAGUGGAAAUUGUGGACUUGUAUAUGCAAAUGAAGAAGAAAUUAAUUAGAUGUCGCAAUUUAAAUUUUUCUUCAGAUAUCCGAAAUAAGUUACAUUUGCAAAUGAAAAAUGUGUUAAAAGUACUACCGUUAGAUUUACAAGGCAUCAUUAGAAAAAGUUUAUAGUUCUGUUAAUGAUAUUUUUAUUGUUUAUUCGAAGAAAUAUAUGUCAAGUUGUUGCAUUGAAAUAAUGCUCUUAACUUGAGAAGUACUGUUUUUAGAAAAAUGGUCUCAAGGAUUUUACCAUAUUUUGAACUAACUACUUUGAGUCAAAUUUAAAAGACCUUCUUGCUAUUACACUCAAAAGGGAAGAUUGUAAGUACCUCCAUUUCAAAGUUAGCCUCAGGACUAUUUCUCCUUCCUUUUUUUAUUUUAUUUUUCAAAAUUGGGAUUAGAACUUUUGUUUUCAGUAUAACACAGUAUGGAAUAGUGUACAAACGAUCCUAUCACAGGAAAAACUUAAUACAAGAUAUAAUUUUGCGAUUUUAAAAAUUAAAUAAAAUUACUUCAAAAGGUUGUUGUUUUUCUGUAAGAACGAUUUACAUCUAAUGCUAUAGAAGUCAAACCAUAAGAUAUUUUAUAAGUAAGCAACGUAAUUAAUUUGUUAGAAAAAUUCGAACUAAAGUUGUUUUAUUUAUUUUUUUGGAAUAUUAUAACUCAAAAUCUCAAAGGUUUUUCAUUUUGGUGUUUUUAUUUGUUUCUUUGUAAUUAGAUUUUUUAAAGAUUUUUUAUUGCCUAGAUUUCAUUUUGUACCUGUACAUUUGCAUAUGUAAUAAUUUUAAUGACAUUGUCAUGUACUAAGUAUUAACUUCUUGUCUAUACUGCUUUAACAUUUUUUUUUGUUAUGUUCUUAAGCUAGUAAUAUGCAAAUAAGAAGAAGCAUGUAAAAGCAUGUAAAAGCACGCAGCCAUGCUAGUAAUACAAGAAAAAUGUUUUGAAAGUGUACUAUUGAUACCAUACCACCUGCAGAAUAUCAAGCUUCAUGAGAGAUUGCGAAGACUAGUACAUCCAAAUGCGUCUAUAAAACACUUGACACGUGUAUUUUUUUUUACUUGUCUUAUAUCAUUCUGAAAAAUCCUCUGAUAUAAAAUAUUUUAUUACGUUUGUAACUCGUCUUCAUUGAGUAUUAGUUCCUCUGGUUUGGCUCUGUUCAAUCUUUUUUAUCAAGUUUGCCAUGCCUAGUACAUAGGUACAGCAAAAAAAUUUUUCUUAACACAUGACAUUACCUUUUAAAAUCUCUGCAAGUAUUUGCUAUUUUGUGAAAUAAAUUUGUGGAAAUAUGUAAAGUAAAAAAAAAAAACAUUUAAAAAAUAGUAAAAAUUUCCACCAAAACUCGUAAAAUUUUAUGAAUUGGACUCCGUAAAAAAAGUGGCAACACUGUUUAUGUACGUUCUAUACAAGGUUUUCAACUAGGAAAGAUUGUUAUUGUACAUCUAUGCGUUCGGUUGUUUAAUAUAAAAAAUAAUAACAAUAAAGUUUCA